AUGGCGGAGGGGCCCGCCGCCACCACCAUCGCGGCGUCCAGCUACGAGGUCGACCUCGGCAACCUCAUGGCGUACGACCCGUCGCACCACAUCGCCGCCGCCUCCAGGGAGGAGCUGAGGCAGGAGUGCCUGCGGAAGGGGACGGAGCUGGCGCAGGCGUUGGCGGACGCCCUCUUCGCGCUGCCGCCCAACGAGGACCGCGACGGUCCCAUCGUCCACCUCUCGCUGCCCACCGUCCGACUCCCGCGCGAGAAGCAUCUUCCCAAGCCAAAGCCACCGACCAAGUGGGAGCUGUUCGCAAAGGUGAAAGGCAUUACCAAACGCAAGAAGAACAAGCGCGAGUGGGAUGAGCAAACUCAAUCCUGGAAGCGGACUUAUGGCUACGACCGUGUUAAUGAUGACAAAGACAUUCCGAUCAUUGAAGCCAAAUCGACUGACGAGCCUGGUGUUGAUCCCUUUGCACAAAGAAGGGACGAGAAGAAGAAGAGGGUUGAAAAGCAAGAAAAGAACAGACUAGAGAACCUAAAGAAAGCUGCAAAGAUCGGCGCUUUGCCAAGGUUGUUAUCCUUCACUAGUAAAUGCUGCUUCCCCCCUCCCUUGUAUUAUGAAUGUCUUUUUGUAUCAGGAAGGAACCUUGCAGAAUUACAGCUAUCCAAUAUCUUUUGUAUGCAGUCAAUACAGCUUGCUGCAAAGGCCUUGCCCAUCAUAGGAACUAAAGCCGACCUUCCAAAGAAGUCUAGAAAAGAGGAUCUUGAGAGUGUUGUUGGCAUGGCUUCAUCAGCAACAGCUAGUGGUGGGAAGUUUGACGAGAAGUUGCCUGACGAGAAACCUCCGAAGCACCCUGGCAAACAUAGAAAGUUCCUCCCAGUUGCCGAAGGGAAGGGAAUGGGCAGCCUGGAGAAACAGCAGAACGACAAAAUCCUGAACUCUCUACUUGCCAGAAACUCCGAUGAACCGCUUGAUGUCGGCAAGGCAAGUUCCAGGAUCCAACCGCUUACAUGA